AUUGUAUUAAAAAACUCCUUUAACACUCCAGAUUAACAAAAAAGUGUGUGACAUCCUGGGGAUUGAAAGGAGCCUCUGCUGUCCUUACCACCCUCAAACUAAUGGGCUGGUUGAAAGGAUGAAUGGGACAAUUCAGAGAGCCUUGAGUAAAGUUACUGGAGGUCAUCCAGAAAAAUGGGAUGACUUUCUGGAACCAGUCAUGUUUGGUCUGCGGACAAAAAAACAGAUGACCACAAAGUACUCCCCUUACUACAUUAUGUUUGGGAGAGAGGCUCGAUAUCCCUCUGAAAUUCCCCAGGAGGUUGAGAUUGACAGCAGCAUCGAGGAUGCAGUGGCGUCAGAGGACUUAGCGCAGGGAAUUGAGGAGCAGAUACUACUCUUUGAGAAAGUCAGAAAAAAUCUUGAUGAGGGACAUGAAAAAACCAGAAGCAAAAAUAAGUCUGAUAGCAAAGUGGUUUUCAAAGUUGGGGAGAAAGUAUGGAGACAAAAUGUCAGAAGCCAACAAAGAAAAGGGGGGAAGCUGGAAAGAUGCUACUUUGGCCCAUAUGUCAUCACAGCAAUAAAAGGAAAAUGUGCUGAUCUGCAAGAUGAGAAAGGGAAUGUAUUUAACAAAAUUAGUACUGAUCAGCUCAAGUUAGCUGUUGAGAGCACACCCAGGGUGCCCCACAAUCAUCCGCAACCAAGAAAUACUAUCCCUGCAGCUCCACCACAGCCGUCAAAGCCCUGUUCUGACCCAGCAGUAGAAGCUGUAACACCAACUCCAGCGACUCCACCACAGCCGUCAAAGCCCUGUUCUGACCCAGCAGCAGAAGCUGUAACACCGACUCCAGCGACUCCACCACAGCCGUCAAAGCCCUGUUCUGACCCAGCAGUAGAAGCUGUAACACCAACUCCAGCGACUCCACCACAGCCGUCAAAGCCCUGUUCUGACCCAGCAGCAGAAGCUGUAACACCGACUCCAGCGACUCCACCACAGCCGUCAAAGCCCUGUUCUGACCCAGCAGUAGAAGCUGUAACACCAACUCCAGCGACUCCACCACAGCCGUCAAAGCCCUGUUCUGACCCAGCAGCAGAAGCUGUAACACCGACUCCAGCGACUCCACCACAGCCGUCAAAGCCCUGUUCUGACCCAGCAGCAGAAGCUGUAACACCGACUCCAGCGACUCCACCACAGCCGUCAAAGCCCUGUUCUGACCCAGCAGUAGAAGCUGUAACACCAACUCCAGCGACUCCACCACAGCCGUCAAAGCCCUGUUCUGACCCAGCAGCAGAAGCUGUAACACCGACUCCAGCGACUCCACCACAGCCGUCAAAGCCCUGUUCUGACCCAGCAGUAGAAGCUGUAACACCGACUCCAGCGACUCCACCACAGCCGUCAAAGCCCUGUUCUGACCCAGCAGCAGAAGCUGUAACACCGACUCCAGCGACUCCACCACAGCCGUCAAAGCCCUGUUCUGACCCAGCAGUAGAAGCUGUAACACCGACUCCAGCGACUCCACCACAGCCGUCAAAGCCCUGUUCUGAGGAAACAUACACAACGGCUGUUGUUGAGAAAUAUGUCCAGGAAGCAUGGGAAGGAAAUGUUUCACAUGUUCUCCUUUCCAAAAUCGGGCCAUACAAAAUCUAUUAUUGGGACAUUAAACAAAUUGGUCCCAACAUGGAACUGGAAAGUGAGUCCAUUAAUGCCUAUAUGAGGCUAUUGGUCCGUGACCACAAUUGCAGCAACAAAGGAAAAGCAGCUCUGAUUGACUCCUUUGCAAUGACUGCAAUUUGGAAGGGACAAUUUGGAAGGCUUAAGAUAAAACCCAUGGAUCAUGAAGUUUUACUUGGAGUUAUAAAUGACCAUCAUCACUGGAAAUUAGCCGUCAUUUAUUCUCAUGAAAAGAGAUCCCUGCUCUUGGAUCCACUGGGGGAGUCCAAACAAGACAUUAAACAAUGUUUGGAAACUACAAGGGCCUUCAUGAGAAACAAAGGAUGCAAAGUCUCCAGAUGGAAAUGUGACACUGUUCAGCAUCCGAAACAGACAGACAGUACCUCAUGCGGUGUGUUUGUGUUGAAAUUUGCAGAAAAACUGCUCAGAAGAGAGGAAAUGGUUUUUCAAACAAACUCCACGGCCAUUACUCAGCAUAGAAGGGAAAUUGCAGUAAAACUUCUUCUACAGACAGAUAACCUUUCGAACAUUUGUCGUUACUGUGGGGAAGAGGAACACGAAAACGAUUUCAACUGGAUACAGUGCGAUGUUUGUCUUCGCUGGUUUCACCAGAUCUGCAUGAAUAACCCAUCACCAGAGAAGGCCUUUGUUUGUCCUGCUUGUUUUUGUUAGAAAAUUUUUAGUAGUUCUGACUAUUCUGUAUAUAGUUUAUAUGAAUAAAUAAACAUUACAGUUGUUGAAA